AUGAAUUUCAAGCUGGAGUUACACACCGACAGAUAUGUGGAUGGACUUGGUAAUUGCUUUACCUUGGAGUCUGACCGGAUGACUCCAGAAGGUGAGAUAGCGCCAUUGGAGUCGUGCUUUAGUUACAGUGACUACAAUGAAGCGUUCCAUCUAAAUGAGAGUGAAGUUGACAACUUUCAAUCCGACAUGGAAUGUGAUAGUGUAGAUGUAGAUGUAAACAUCAGUUCUGAACAAGAAGGAACUUGUAAACUUAAAAGGGGUCCAUACAGAUACUACUCUGAGGUACAGAAGCAAAUAUUCUGGCAAUUAGUUAUCGAGCAAGGGGAUUCCGCAUAUAAGGCUGCACAAGCACUCAAUAUCAGUUUGCGAACAGCUUAUACUUGGAAAAGAAAGAGGAAUCGUCGAGUCAUCUGUGAACUCAAUGGUAUUUAUGAAGAACUUAAAAAGAGUGGUCGUAAACCUCUUCUCACCGAAGAGCACAAACUCUUUUUGAAGGAUUUAGUUCUUUCCGACCCCAUUGUUACCGUAGACUUCUUGUUGAAUAAACUAAGGAGUACAUUUGAAGGUGCGAAGGCAAGUGAAUCUACUAUUUAUAACUUUCUCAUCAAAAUUUGUAAGUUCAGUCUCAAGAGACUCUCUAAGUGGGCUAUGAGAAGGGAUCUGCCAGAAUUAAAACAGGAGAGAUUCCAAUGGGCACUCGAGCAAAAAGACAAAAUUGACUUUGAAAAGAAUUGCGUUUUCAUCGACGAGGCUGGAUUCAACAUCAGUAUGAGAAGAGAAUAUGGAUGGUCAAAAGUAGGUGAAAAGGCUGUGCUUAAAGUCCCAGUCACCAGAGGUCUCAAUGUAUCAUUCUUAGGAGCCAUCUCUUCCAAAGGAUGUGUUGACUUGAAGGUUCAACUCCCAGCAGAGACUGCUCCUAGCAAGAAAAGAAAACUCGAUUCCAGCACAGUUUCAAAAAAGAAGACGAGGGUUGGUACCACAGCUGAUCACUUCUACUAA